AUGCUUAUUGACUUGUUUAUAGGCAGGAAAUAUCCAUGGAUCUUCUGCCGUCCCAACCUGGACCUUGUUACUCUCAUUCUCGCCUUCACAAUGAUUUUGAACCGCCUAAUUCCCACUUCAGGGCUUUCAGCAAUUACCUCGGUCCAGGUGCUUCGGAGUUUCCUUUUCUUUCUGCUCUUCUAUGUUUUACUUAUUAUGGUGGCGCGCAGACAAUCUUCCCGUGACCCAACCUCAAUAUUUUUCGAUCCAACGAAAGCCUAUGAUCCUGUCUAUUCGGCUAUCAGACUUGAGCAGGCAGCUUUUUUUAUCGAUGCAGCAAACAAUGAUACAGAACCGCAGAUACCAGGAGGUCCACGGCAGCCUAAAUUUUGCCUGGGAAUUGCCACCAUUGCGCGAAAGGGGGCCAGAUAUUUCCAAGCUACUGUUGGCACAUUCCUUGAGGGUCUGAGCGAGGAAGAAAGAGCAGAAAUCCACUUGAUUCUAUUUAUUGCACACACGGAUCCGUCGCAGCAUCCUGCGUAUGCAGAGCCAUGGCUAUAUAAGCUAGCAGACCAGGUGUUGCUAUACAAUGCCUCUGAAGUUGACGUUGAUCGUAUACGCUCCCUAGAAACAGACGACGCCAAAAUAGCAGGGCGUGAGAAGGCUCUCUUUGACUAUACAUAUCUCUUAAAGGCGUGUGCAAACAUUGACACGCCAUAUGUUAUUAUGCUUGAAGAUGAUCUCGUCGCUUUAGAUGGAUGGUAUCAUCGCACUCAAACUGCUUUGUCCUCUGCCGAAGAACAGACUCGAGAAAUGGGAGCGGCGAAUUGGCUAUACCUGCGUCUAUUUUACACCGAAGAACUUUUUGGUUGGAACGCUGAAGAAUGGCUUACCUACCUUCUAUUUUCCAUUCUCGUCGUCUGCCUCGUGGUCUGCGUUCUCCUGGUCUCCCGAAAAUACAACGCCUAUGCCCGCUCCGUUUUACCAAAUAUGACAAUACUUCUUUUGAGUGGUAUAUUCACACCAUUAUUGAUUGGGCUCUUUUUUGCCAUGGGCCGAGUGACCGUGCUUCCUCGACCGAACGGCGUACAUCAAAUGUCCAAAUUUGGAUGUUGUUCACAGGCCUUUGUCUUCCCUAAGUCACGGAUACCGGAACUUGUCGGCCUAUACACAUCUAAGCGUAUCGGAUACGUCGACACGCUCACUGAGGAAUAUGCAAAUGCGAGAAAUGAGAUUCGCUGGGCAGUGUCGCCAAGCCUUGUACAGCAUGUCGGGCGGAAGAGCUCUAAAGGUGCUCACAAUGAUGUUUCAUCACACGUCAAGAUCAAGUCUAAGGCAGAUUUGACAGUUGUAGAGAAGCUUUGGAAUUUCGAAUUUGAGAUGAACGAUGCAGAAGCUUUGCGCGCGGAACAUGAUGCUGUGAAGGAGCGAGCAGGUUCUUAA